GAUGUCGACCGUGUCUGCCGCCGCCGCGGACCCCGCCGCCAUCACCGAGGGCGGCGAGAAGAAGAAGCCGCUCAAGCCGUGCUGCGCUUGCCCUGAAACCAAGAAAGUCAGAGACGCGUGCAUCAUUGAAAAGGGCGAAGAGAACUGCACGGAACUCAUCGAGGCCCACAAAGACUGCAUGAGGCAACUGGGAUUCAAGAUUUAAACCUUUUGUUCUGGGUGCCUGCGUGUGUGUGUAUGUGUGUGAUGCGUGCGACCUUUCCAUCCGUUCCUCCCUCAUCAAAAUGAACGCCGACAGUUUUUGGAAAAACAAAACCUUUUAUUUAUUUUUUUUCUUAUUUGUGAUGAUCACUGCAGUUGAAAUUUAAAUAAAAGUUCUAUGCAAUCUC